GUGGAGACCUCACGAGCGCCACACACUCACGGAAACUCAACCGCAGCUACUUCCGCACACACUAAAGAUGGCGGCUCCCUUCAUGGAGAAUUUGUCUGAAUAUUUAGGUUCACCCGAACCGGCGGUUCGACUGAUUUUGUCUAUAUUAUCAGGUUAUCCCUUUGCACUGGCAUACCGGUGGUUUUUCUUUUAUCAGUCUGCAACGUUUAUUCAUCUGUUCCACACAUUUACUGGGCUGGCGUUGGCCACAUUUAACUUUGGGUCUCAGGUCUAUCACUCUUUCGUAUGCAUAAUCAUUCAGUUCCUGUUGCUAAGGCUGAUGGGAAGGACAGUGACAUGUGUCCUGACUAGCUUUAUAUUUCAGAUGAUAUAUCUGUUGACGGGUUAUUACUACACUGCCACAGAUGAGUAUGAUAUCAAAUGGACCAUGCCACACUGUGUCCUCACGCUAAAACUUAUUGGUUUAUCACUUGAUUACUAUGAUGGUGGAAAAGAACCAUCUCAGCAGAAUAAAGAGCAAAAGUUGGCUGCUCUCAACUCUACACCAUCUCUGCUGGAGGUGUUUGGUUUCUCAUACUUCUAUGGAGGCUUCCUUGUAGGGCCUCAGUUCACAUUACGAAACUACCAGAAGCUGGUGUCCAGAGAGAUGUCUGAUUGCCCUGGUCAGCCUCCCAACAGUGUGUUUCCAGCAAUGAAGAGAUUUACUUUGGGUAUGAUCUUCCUAACCAUCUUUACGAUAGGUGGUCCAUACUACCCAGAUAGCUACUACUUAACAGAUGAGUAUGAGGCUCAACCUUUCCUAUACAAGUGCUUCUAUAUCCUUCUGUGGGUAAAAAUAAAUCUGUACAAGUACAUCAGCUGCUGGCUGAUCACGGAAGGUGUGUGUAUACUUUCUGGGCUGGGCUAUCAAGGGAAGGAUGAAAAAGGGGAGCACCAAUGGGAUUCCUGUGCCAAUGUAAGGGUGUGGUUAUUUGAGACUACACCACUGUUUACAGGCACCAUCAACUCCUUCAACAUCAACACAAAUGCUUGGGUUGCCAGUCAUGUUUUUAAGAGGUUGAAGUUCUUGGGUAAUAAGCUGUUGUCUCAGAUGUUCACAUUGUUAUUUCUGGCGGUCUGGCACGGCUUGCACUCAGGGUACUUCAUCUGCUUCUCCAUGGAGUUCAUCAUUGUCAAUGUGGAGAAGCAGGCUCAGGCUCUUGUGCGGGACAGUCCAGUGUUGACGUCUAUAGCCCAGGGCCCUCUCCAUCCAUUCAUUUAUGUAGUGCAGCAGUUAAUUCACUGGCUUUUUAUGGGGUACUCUUUAGUGCCAUUCUGUCUCUUCACUUAUGACAAGUGGCUCAAGGUUUACUCCUCCGCAUAUUUCUGCGGUCAUGUAUUUUUCCUUACUGCCUUAUUCAUCCUGCCGUACCUCCGUAAGGUAUUUGUGCCUCGAAAAAGAGGCAGUGACGAAAAGGAGGAUUAAAAAUGGUAUCUCUGUUUGGAGCUGUCUGAAGUAAAUUGAGAUAAACUGUGACUUUUAAAAAGGAUCUGACGGGGACAACUUUUAAGGCCUUUAGUAAUAUAUAUAUUACUAUAUACACAUACAACAAUGAUGUACUGUAUGUGUAAAAAUGUUAAUCAUUUAGAGGGAAGUGUUGAGGUGGACUGUAAUGAAUAGGGUUUAAAGCUGCAGAGAUUCAUGCAGUUUGAGGUUCAAUAUUCGUUAAAGGCGAUUUACUGCUAUUUGGUUGAUGAAAAUAAUGAUACUGUAUAUGCUCAUACCAUUGCACUCAUUACUCAGUAAUGAUCUCAUUUCCCGCUUCCGAAGUCAGAGAACCGGUCACACAUGCACUUUUAGAGGGGAUGGAGACAAAUGAGAUCUUUUUUGUUUUCUUUGCUUGAAGAACAUCCACAAACCCAUAUUCACUUAAAUUGAUAAAAGACACUGAUAUGUGAAACACAAAGUGUGUACAGUGAAUGCUCAGCAUUGCCUGGCAAUUCUAAAUGAAUGUUUUUCAUUUACCGUAUGUAACAGUUUUUGUUGUAAUCAGGUAACUCAUGGGGUUUCUUUUUUAUGGGGUUUAUGCUAGCUGCUGUUUUUUUAAGCAUUUGGACACUGAUUCAAUGAAAGGUUACAUCCACCCGUUCAUCCGACCAUCUCAUUCUUUCACUCCAUGUAACGCUGUAUGUCCGUUAAUCUCACCCUUUCUAUUUCCAUUGUUCACUUCGUUAAGUGAAUCAGUUUUGUCCAUUGUUUGAGUGAAAACACAGAAAUGGCAUCUAUACACUAUUUACCAUAAUCUGUUAAAAUAUGAGGGCAAAUUUGUGUCAGUAUUAUCAAGGGCAGAGUAUUACACCGUACAUUGAGAUCCCAGUGGGCAAUAAACUAACUGUUGCCUACAUUUCACACUGCUCGCUAUUGUUGAUUUAGCAGAGCACUAUUAAAAUCUGUUAACAGAAAAGUGCUAUGUUAUUCAGAUUGCAGAAGUGUUGUGUAAUGUUGAAAAACUUUCACUUUCAAGCAUUGCUUGCACUGUGAACUUUCUCUUUUAUUUCUAUAGUCUCAGUAUCUCUCAUGGUAAAUCCAAAUCUUUCUCUGCCUUCAGGACGUUGUGAUCUGCUCUCAGUUAUUCCAACAUAUAUUUGCCUUCAUAAAUCCGUUUUGUACGACAUGACAUAUUGAAGAUUGUUGGCACAAAUGUACAUCACACUUCAGUGAGAGCGAUUUUUCAGUUCUGCACCCAGACACAAUCCAAGGGAGCAGGGACUCACUGUAGCAUCUCAAAUGUUUUAUAAUAUUUAUACACGUGGUUGCAAAUGUUAAUGUAGAGUUAAUUGUUAUGGAGAGGAUGAACUACUUUUGCCUUAUUGCUACCAAAAGAGAGAACAAACGUUUUAAAUGAAACUGUUUUUCUAAUAUUCAUUAAAAUGCUGGAUUUUAACAAAA